AUGCACUCAUUGUUAGCCUUGAGUUUUAUAGCAAUUAUUGAUUGCUUGCCUACAAGUAUCGUUAAAAAUGAAGCUAGUAAUGUUACACCAGAAAUCCUUAAAGGCCACGAGGUUAAAAAGCCACGAUCGGAUUUAGUUUCAAGUGAAAGUAACUUACCUCCUAUAAAUAGUUUAACAGCGACGCUUCGAAAUGAAGAAAACGUAAACGAAGGAGAUACUGCCGAAAGAGGUGACCUGGGAUUCCUAGAAGAGGCGCAGAACAAAAUAGACGCUGGCCUUGACGAAAAUUCACAUCCAAGCAAUAAUGUUACAGAGUCUGUUUUUAGUAACGAAGUGACGCCAAGCACAAAUGUCGUAAAUAAUACCUCGGUAUCACCAGAAACAGAAUCGCUCACAGAACCACCACCAUCCGUAGCUGAAGACAGUCAAGCAGUAGUAGUUACAGAGCCCGAUGAUUUGGAGUAUAAAAGACCCAUAGCGUGGCGCAAUAUCCCGGCACCACCCGUUCUUCUCAGUAGAGAGUAUCAGCCACCGCUCCUAGUUCAGUUGUCUCCCUUAUCGUUAUAUCGUAUUUAUUCGCCAUUUUUAGGUCCUCCAGUGUUUCAACAGCCCCUCAUUAGGUAUCCUAGUUAUGUCAUAGUUUAA